UCAACGAAGUCCGUGCUCGAAGCCAAAUCUGGAUUGGUUGUAGUUCAUUCAAAACAUUGAAAGCUAGCCUUGAGUAGAAUUCUGGACCGCGUUAUUUUUUGGCGCCAUGAGCGGAGAAAUACCUACUUGAGCAGGUAAGCCGAAGUUAGAUUAUAUCACGAAAGAGCCGAUUUAAGUAAAAGCAAAUACGUCAAAUUUGAGUCGAUUUGUAGUUCCGUGUGGAAGGAAAUUUUACAACAUAUUGAAGAUGAACGAAAAUGAAAGAGCCUGUUGUUAUGAAUGAAUAAAGAGGUGAGGGAGUGAAAUGGUAGUUGAAUAAAUAAAUUGAUAAAUGCAACGAGAAUGAUUGAUUGUAAGCCGAUAAGAAGACAUUGAGCUAUAAUGCUUGGUGUAUAUAACAUAACUAUCGAAGAGUGAUGUAGUACAGUUAGAAAAUAUCGUAUAUGUUUGAGAUGAUAUAGCACCUCGAAAGUGAAACGCACGUAAAAGGCAGACCAGCGGUUGUAUUCUGACUGUUUAGAUUAUAUUGUGCAGUGGAUAAUAAACUGUGCAAUAAGCCUGCAGCCGGAGCUAUGUAAUCACACAAACUGUUGCUGUACUGUAACAAAUUACUUCCAAGAAGAAAUUCAAAUGUUCCUACUUGAUCUUUUGUUUGCGAUUACACUGAAAUUGAUAAACAUAUCAUAAGAGAUAGCUUGGUGAUUCUGAAAGCUUUCUUCUUUUCAGUACUGAUUGAUGCAAUUCGGAUCAAAACGCAUACUUCCAAAGCCUUGCCAUAUUGAAUACUAUAGCUAUGAUUCGUACGCAUACUCUAUGUAAAGUUUGCUAACGCCGUAAGGAAGAAAACUAAUGCAUAUUAUCCGGAUUUUAACGUAUCAUCCGCUAUCCCGUGUAUCACAAAAAAUAGUACUAAGCAGUAGAUAACAAUUCAAAGGAUGUGCAUUGUUUCAAAUAUGAUUUGAAUCAAGACCUAGUCAUGUUUUUUUUUUCUAACAUUAUUAAAGCCGUAGUUGGCGGCCCUAGUCAUUAGUUUUUUAAUCUCAAUCAAAAUUACUAGCAAAUAUUUUGAGUGAAAGUUUAUUCUACACAACUUAACGCUAUCAUGGAAACUGAAAGAAGUAUUAAAAGUUUCAGAAGAGAAAAAGUAAUAAUUGAAUAUUUCAAGCUGUUCUUGACCAUUAUUAAAAUUAAAUUGCGAAAUGUGUUCAAAUCGCUUGUGAUUCGUAAAUUUGAAAACAGCAGAUCGAUAAUGCUAUACAUAUAAUAAAUCGGAUUAUUAUCGGGACCCUAAGGUUUUUUUUUAGAGAAGGAGUGGGAUGUGGGACGCCCUAUUUCCUGAAAGAGUAUGCUAUAAUAUACACCCCUCGGUUUACUGUCAAUUGACGUUCAUUCGGUACGUCAAUACCUAUUGCCAUAAAGAACGCCACCGACGUAUACACGCGGUGUAUGCAGUCGGCCUCUUUCUCCUGCGGACUGCCGCCCUGACAAGACGUGCGCUGCUGCGCAGUAGCAUCGAUUUGUACAUUGAUACCGCCCGUCCGAUUGUCGACAAAGUACUGGAAGGCUACAAUGGGACUAUCUUGGCGUACGGUCAAACUGGCACCGGCAAAACCUAUACCAUGUCUGGUAAUCCGGAUUCUCCGCAGACGAAGGGUAUCAUACCGAACACGUUUGCCCAUAUCUUUGGGCACAUUGCCAGGGCUAAGGAGAACCAAAAGUUUUUGGUGCGGGUAAGUUAUAUGGAAAUCUAUAAUGAAGAGGUUCGUGACUUACUCGGUAAGGAGUUCAACAAAAGCUUGGAAGUGAAAGAGCGCGCAGAUAUUGGCGUGUUCGUAAAAGAUUUGAGUGGUUAUGUGGUUCACAAUGCGGAUGAUUUGGAUAACAUUAUGAAGUUGGGAAACAAAAACCGUGUCGUUGGAGCGACCAAGAUGAAUUCGGAGUCUUCGCGUUCUCAUGCUAUAUUUUCGAUCACAAUUGAAUCUAGUGAAACUGAUGAGAGUGGUAAGCAAUAUGUUAAAAUGGGAAAGCUGCAGCUUGUCGAUUUGGCUGGUUCGGAAAGACAGAGCAAAACACAAUCCUCAGGAUUAAGAUUGAAGGAAGCUACAAAGAUUAAUUUGUCUCUGUCAGUGCUUGGCAAUGUAAUCAGUGCCUUGGUUGACGGGAAAAGCACUCACAUUCCAUAUCGUAAUUCGAAGCUUACCAGAUUGCUACAAGAUUCUCUUGGAGGUAAUAGUAAAACCGUUAUGUGUGCGAGUAUCAGUCCGGCAGAUUCAAAUUAUGUUGAAACAAUAUCAACAUUGCGCUAUGCAUGUCGCGCCAAAAGCAUUCAGAAUCUGGCUCACGUCAAUGAGGAACCGAAGGAUGCGUUGUUGCGUCACUUCCAGGAGGAAAUUAAGGAACUCAAACGACAAUUGGAAGAGGGAACUUUUGUCAAUGGCAUUUGUACAGAUGAAGACGAGGAAGAUAUUGACGAUGAUGACGAGGAAGAGGAAGAAGAAAUAGAAAUCGAUGAAGACAAGGAAAAAGAGCGUUUAGAGAAGAAGGAAAAGAAACGCCGAGAAAGAGCUAAAGAAAAGAAAGAAAAAGCUGAUGCAGAGAAGGAAUUGCUGGAGAAGAAGGCAAUUGAAAACGAACAAGAAAUUAAGCGGGCUAAGUCCGAGCAAGACCAGCUUCGCGCAAAACUUUCAUCCCUGGAAAACAAAAUUCUCGUUGGUGGUGAAAACUUGUUGGAGAAAGCACAGGCACAGGAGGUACUUUUGGAAAAGUCAAUGGCAGAAUUGGAGCGUCGUACCAAAACCGAACGGGAGCUUGAAGAAAAUCUCCAAAAGAUUGAAGCCGAACGAAUUGAUAUUGAGGAACGGUACAGCUCUCUCCAGGAGGAAUGUGUUGGAAAAACCAAAAAGCUGCAACGUGUUAUGUCGAUGCUGAUGAGCAUCAAGUCUGAGUUGGCCGAUCAACAACAGGAACAGCAGCGUGAAAAGGAAGGCAUUUAUGAAAACAUUCGAAGUCUAUCAAGGGAAUUGGCUCUCUGUGAGUUAGUCAUCAAUUCGUACAUUCCAAAAGAAUAUCAGAACAUGAUCGAAAAAUUCACUCACUGGAACGAGGACAUCGGCGAGUGGCAGCUAAAGUGUGUCGCAUACACGGGAAACAAUAUGCGCAAAAACGUUGCCGAACCGAAGGUCAACACCAAAGAGACGGAUCUGAUCGAUCUGUCGCAUGUCUAUUUGAGUUACAAUACAGAUUCGGUCACCGAGCCAAUGCGAGCCAAGACGGCUAGGCCGCGCACGUCAGGAAUAGCUCGUCCAACCACGGCCAGAAAGUAUUACUAAGUUGUAAGCACUCAAGUUGAGCAUAUUUUUUUAAAGCGCACAUCCAAAAGAUCAAAAGUUUUACUAGCGAAGAGGCUUUUUUCGUGCAUUGUGUUGUUGUUAUUUUUCGUGUUUUUAUAGUUUAGGUUUUGUUCGUUUAUUUAGCAAGCAGUCAUAACAUUCACAGCUUUUUAAGUUAUGUGCAAUCAAGUACUAGUCCAACGACAUUAGAAAACUAUAUUUUGUUUAUUUUAAUUAUUGUUUGAUUUUAUUAUAACUAAAUGUCUAGAACAUACUAUCAGCAGAAAAGUGAACUAUAGUUUGAUAAGCAUACAUAGGACUAUAAAUGUUGCUGUGGUUGUGACAAUAUUCCAAAUGUAGGUUAUUUUAGGUUGAAGUUUAUUGCUUUGCGUAGAUUUCAGAAGGCUUUUACAGCAAGAUUAUCGGUAAGAAUGCUAUAAUUUGGGAGAUAUUCUUGUAGUGAACCGCAUGAACAGAAAUGCUCGAAUCAUAUUGACACAAUUGGUGCGUUAACUACACGUGACUUAUAUUUAAGGUAUUAUUCUUUGAAUAAUAUACAUCGAUGAUUUAUGGAAUGAUAACUCACACAGCAUCACAUUUUACUUAUCGAUCAUUUAUUCUCAUAGUAUUUAUCGUUAUUGAACAGCCCGCAAAUGACUCACAGGAUUGAAAAAAAAAGAACACACGUCGUUACUCAAUUAGCUAACACACAAAAAUAUUGCUUGGAAAAAAUAUACUCACAUUGAUAUUUUAUAUCGACACAAUAAAAUAUUUUCUGUUCAUCA